CUGCAAUUCCCGUAGAUUGAAAUACUCUAUAUUCCCUCACCGAAAACCCGAAAAGCUCCGAAACCCUGCCUGCUGAGAUUUCUAGGGUUUCGAAAUCUCCAUAGCGAGAGAGGAUGGUUCUAUCGCAGAAGCUUCACGAAGCCUUCAAAGGAACUGUGGAGAGAAUCACUGGGCCUCGUACCGUCUCUGCGUUCAAAGAGAAAGGUGUUCUCAGCGUCACCGAAUUCGUCAUCGCCGGCGAUAAUCUCGUCUCAAAAUGCCCCACCUGGUCUUGGGAAUCUGGUGAGCCAGGCAAGAGGAAGUCAUAUUUACCUCCCGAAAAGCAGUACUUGAUUACUAGAAAUGUCCCUUGCCUGCGAAGGGCUGCAUCUGUUGAAGAAGAAUACGAAGCUGCGGGUGGGGAAGUUCUUCUUGAUAAUGAAGAUAAUGAUGGCUGGUUAGCAACCCAUGGGAAACCAAAAGAAACUAAAGGUGAUGCAGAAGAGAACUUACCUUCAAUGGAGACUUUAGAUAUCAGCAAGGAUAAGGCCAUAAAGUCAAUCCCCUCUUACUUUGGGGGUGAGGAGGAAGAAGAUAUUCCUGACAUGGCAGAUUAUGAAGAAACUGACAAUGUUGUUGAAGCAGAUGCUGCAACACUUCAAAUGCCAUAUCUUGUUGCACAUGAACCCGAUGACGACAAUAUUCUACGAACUCGAACCUAUGAUGUCAGCAUCACGUAUGAUAAAUAUUAUCAAACUCCUCGUGUGUGGCUUACUGGAUAUGAUGAGGCAAGGAUGCCUCUACAGCCCGAGCUUGUACUGGAAGAUGUUAGUCAAGACCAUGCACAUAAAACAGUAACCAUUGAAGAUCAUCCUCACUUGCCUGGCAAGCAUGCAUCUGUACAUCCCUGUCGACAUGGGGCUGUGAUGAAAAAGAUCAUCGAUGUGCUAAUGUCACGUGGAGUUGAACCAGAAGUUGACAAGUACCUUUUCCUAUUCUUGAAAUUUGUGGCCUCUGUGAUCCCUACUAUUGAAUAUGAUUACACCAUGGACUUUGAUCUUGGUAGCUCCAGUAGCUGAUCUUAAAUGUAGGCUGAUUGUUGCAGAUUUACAUUUGAGAUCCAGGCUGAAGUAAAUUAAAUUAGAGAUGGGAGGGGAAGUAGGGAACUCAAAAUUGAUGCAACUGCUCAGAAAAGCCCAUUUCUCGGGGUGAAGCCACUUUGUAAAUAUAUACAUAUAUAUAUGAUGUCUCUCAGAUGUUUAUACCUGUGAUCGUUGGAUGACUAUUGUUUGGUGUUUACUGGAAUGAUAACACUAUUUAUGGAGUCAAAUGAAUUUAGGGUAUAUGUGCAGUCUGUAAACGAAACCACGUUAAUGCAUAUAAAGACUUUUCUGUGUUUUAAAUUCAA